AUGCACAGAGCGUCUUCAAUUAUUGUCGAGCAGCCGCCAGGCGGAGGGGACAGCGCCCGCCGGACCCCGCAGUCAAGAUUGAAGACCAGUGCCAGAGCCAUGGCACUACCUCGGACGCUGGGGGAACUGCAGCUGUACCGGGUCCUGCAGCGUGCCAAUCUCCUUUCCUACUACGAGACCUUCAUCCAGCAGGGAGGGGAUGAUGUGCAGCAACUGUGCGAGGCUGGGGAGGAGGAGUUCCUGGAGAUCAUGGCACUCGUGGGCAUGGCCACUAAGCCCCUCCAUGUCCGGCGCCUGCAGAAGGCAUUGAGAGAGUGGGCUACCAAUCCAGGGCUCUUCAGCCAGCCAGUGCCUGCUGUGCCGGUCUCCAGCAUCCCACUCUUCAAGAUCUCUGAGACUGCGGGUACCCGGAAAGGGAGCAUGAGCAAUGGGCAUGGCAGCCCAGGGGAAAAAGCGGGUAGCACCCGCAGUUUUAGCCCAAAAAGCCCCCUGGAACUUGGGGAGAAGCUGUCACCAUUACCUGGGGGACCUGGGGUAGGAGAUCCCCGUAUCUGGCCAGGCCGCAGCACUCCAGAGUCAGACGUUGGGGCGGGAGGAGAAGAAGAGGCUGGCUCACCCCCUUUUUCCCCACCUGCAGGGGGUGGAGUCCCUGAGGGAACUGGGGCUGGGGUGCUAGCAGCAGCUGGGACUGGGAAUGGUCCAGACCGACUGGAACCAGACAUGGUGCGCAUGGUGACAGAGAGUGUGGAAAGGAUUUUCCGGAGCUUCCCAAGGGGGGAUGCUGGGGAGGUAACUUCCCUGCUAAAGCUGAAUAAGAAGCUAGCACGGAGUGUGGGGCACAUCUUUGAAAUGGAUGAUAAUGACAGCCAAAAGGAAGAAGAGAUUCGCAAGUACAGCAUCAUCUAUGGCCGCUUCGACUCCAAGCGGCGGGAGGGCAAGCAGCUCAGCCUGCAUGAGCUGACCAUCAAUGAGGCUGCUGCCCAGUUCUGCAUGAGAGACAACACACUUUUACUUCGAAGGGUGGAACUUUUCUCCCUGUCCCGACAAGUGGCCCGUGAGAGCACCUACCUGUCUUCCUUAAAGGGUUCCAGGAUUCAUCCUGAGGAAUUGGGAGGCCCCUCGCUGAAAAAGCUGAAGCAGGAGGUUGGAGAGCAGAGCCACCCUGAAGUCCAGCAGCCUCCUGCAGGCCCUGAUUCCUAUGCACCCCCAUACCGUCCCAGCUUGGAGGAAGACAGUGCCAGCCUGUCUGGAGAGAGUCUAGAUGGACACUUACAGGCUGUGGGGUCGUGCCCAAGGCUGACGCCGCCCCCUGCUGACCUGCCUCUGGCAUUGCCAGCCCAUGGGCUGUGGAGUCGCCACAUCCUGCAGCAGACACUGAUGGACGAGGGGCUGCGGCUGGCCCGCCUCGUCUCCCACGACCGUGUGGGCCGCCUCAGCCCCUGUGUGCCUGCAAAGCCACCUCUCGCAGAGUUCGAGGAAGGACUACUGGACCGAUGCUCUGCCCCAGGAUCCCACCCUGCGCUGGUGGAGGGACGUCGGAGCAGCGUAAAAGUGGAGGCUGAGGCUAGUCGGCAGUGAGGGGCAGACUGGUGUCCUUGGACCCAGAGCCCCUUACUCAAGAGCCCUGGAGUCUAGUCACAACCUGGGUCCUUCCGCUGCCCUUCUCCUGCCUCCUCACCUGCUCCAUGGGCAAAGGACUAUGGGGCUUCAAGCAAUAACCAAUAACGAGCAGGGCCUAGCCAGAGGACACAAGGAGGGUGCAUGGUGCCCCUCACCCCUGCCCACAGCAAGGGGACGAGGACUCUGCCUCCAGGGAUUCUACUCUCAUCUGCACAACACACUCCCAUUUUCUAUGUUUGAACUGAUGAUGUGAGCAAUUGGACUCAGUUUGGACAUGGAGGAGAGAGGGGCUUCCCUGGGAAAGUCCAGCAACAAAAAUGGAAACAUUUACCACAGAAUUGGGGGCCUGGGAACACUGGAACUGCCCUUUCUCCCUCCGCAUUCCCAUUUGUGUGCUUCUAGUUUGUUUCUUUAAUUUAACAAGUGCUGCCACUAGCCCACCUAUCCCCAUCUCUCCCCCAAGCCCUCAGCACUUCUUUCCUCCUGCCCACUCUUGGAGGGGAGGGGCGGUGGAGGUGGGAUCCUGAGAGGCCUGGGUUGGACUCAGGGUCUCACCCAGCUGGGGGCUGGACCGCAGCACUUAUCUGAGUAGUUAGAGCAUCUUUCUUUUCAGAUUGUGUACAGUAGAUUAUUUAUUUUGUUAUUUUGGAAUAAAAUUUAUUUUAUGGCUUAGGA